AUGAAACUGGGAAAGCAACAAGAACAUCAGCGUUCAACAACAUCAAUAAGAAGUAAGGCGGCCCAUUUUGUGUCUGAUCUUACCACCGUUCUUCUUAAUCCAAUAUCUGAUAAACCCUCAUCGAAUUCCUCUCCUCAUUCUGGCGAUGUGAGUAAUGAACCAAGGAGAAACACACAACAAUGUAAUCAAGAAGAAGAUGUUCCAGUCUUGGUUGAUGGGCUAGAUACUUCCUCCUUCACCGCAUUUCUCUACUCAUUCUUAUCACCAGGAAGAUCAGAAAACGAGUCUGAAUAUUCAGAAUGGAACGACAACCAAGUGGUAACUAGCUACAUAAAUGACACAUCAUCCCCAAACGUUUCAAAAGAAAACAAUGGAAAGAAAGGUCUAUUCUCUAAGGGCAAACAGUCACUCGGCAAGGCUCUUUCACAAGCUGCUAGGUUUAGUGGGUAUCGAUCUCAUGCAUCUGGGAAAGUAAACACUGAAUCAAAGAUUGAUGACGUGAAAGAAACAAGCUCUCAAUUUGACACUAAUGAUGGGGUUCAUGUACAAAAUGUGAUUGCACCUUUUCCUUCUGAUAAACUUCCAAAAAUGUCAGAACCUUCACAACUUAUGACAGAAGAUACACGUUAUGAUCUUUAUGUUGCACUCCCUGUUCUUAGUCAAGGAAAGAAAUGGGUCUUAUUAUACAGUACAUGGAGGCAUGGCAUAUCUCUUUCAACCUUAUAUAGAAGAAGCAAUCUUUGCCCUGGGUUAAGUCUGCUGGUUGUUGGAGAUCGUAAAGGUGCAGUGUUUGGUGGUUUAGUUGAGGUACCUUUGAAACCAUCAACAAAGAAAAGAUACCAGCAUCCACUUUUCAGGUUUAUACUGCCCCUGAUUCUGCCUGGUAUAAAAUGCCUAAGUCUACAAGGUGAGCUUUGUGGUUGGACAUGCUUUUACAUUGGUGUGGCUGCUGUUGCUUUUGGAUGCUCUUAUUAUCACCUCAAACCAAAUGAUGGUCACCUUGUUUGGGAUCGUUUGCCUGUAAGGGGACAAAGAUGCUGCUCGACAACUUCUUACAAAAUACUAUGUCAUGACACAGCCUUUAAAACUUGCUUUGAAAAAACUAGAAAUGGUUUCGGUUCCAGUGGAUAUAACACCACCACUACCUUUUGGCAGAAAUUCUGUUGCCCUAAGUGUCAAGUGGAACUCACUCUAACAUCUUUAGCCAAUCAGGUAAAAAGAAGAAUUGAAUUCUUCAUAUCCACAUACUACAAAGGCAUUAUGAUGUGUGAUGAUGAAACAUGCGACUAUACAACAUGGAGUUUAAACUUGCGUGUUGUUGGUGAAUCUGAGAGAGGAACAGUAUGCCCAAAUUACCUUCACUGUAAUGGUCGUCUUGUGAGACGGGUUGAUGCUAAGUUGAAGGCUGCAGUUGAGAAAGAGGUUGGUAGGAUAAGAGUAAACAAGAAACAUAAACUAAAAGCUGGUUCAGUGGGACCCAAUGUGAAGAUGACAUGGAUUAAAUUCAAGAUGGAGAUGCUGAUGAAGAGGACUUUGGUGAUGAGGAUGAUGAAGAGGUAA